AUGACAGACGAUUCCAUGGCUGAAAAAAAGGCAAUUCAAGAAAUUUGGCCUCAAACCACUCAGAUUCUCUGUAUAUUUCAUUUUUUACAAGCCGAAUGGCGAUGGUUGAUGUCUUCUAGUAGUAAUAUAUUACCUGUUAACAGGCAACAGUUGAUGCAACUUUUUAGAAAAGCUGUAUACGCAAAGAACCAUGAAGAAUUUCAAGAUGUAGUUAAUGAAAUUAAUCAUUUGGAAGGAAAUCAAUCAUUCAAAGAUCGCUUUAAUGAAAAUUUAAAAAGAAGUCAGGAAUGGUCAAUGAGUUAUAGAAAUGAAAAUCUUAUAACUCGUAAUAAUCAAACCAAUAAUUAUUCAGAGGCAACAAUUAGAAUUCUGAAAGAAAUUAUUUUAGAACGUACUAAAGCAUAUAAUGUUGUUGCAUUGGUUGAGUUUAUUUCAAUAAUUUGGGAUAAAUAUUUUAUUAAUCGUUUGUUAGAUUUUGCUUACAAUAGGAGGAAUCAAAAAGACUAUGAAUUACAAUUGACAAAAAUGAAAUCAGUUGACCCGAAUUCUAUAUUACAGAUUGAUGAAUUUUUAUACAAAGUUCCAAGCUCUAAAGAUAGCAAAAAGUUUUAUGAUGUAAAUACCAUUAUUGGGUGGUGUAGUUGUUACAGUGGCAAACAAGGAGGGUUUUGUAAACACCAAGCUUUAUUAAAACAAUAUUAUGAUAUUGAAUUUCCAAAUAGCCCAGUAACUGAUUCAAAUGAAAGGCAUAAACUUGCCUUAUUAGCUCUGGGAAUCAGAGAUUGCCCUCCAAAACCAUUUUUUGAGGUACUUCAUUACAUAUUUUAA